ACCAGCUCAUGCGCGGCCUGCCGCAGCUCGACGCCGUCCGGUUCUCGGCGUACAGGACCGCGCUGAAGCUGCGGCGCCUGCAACGCGCCCUGCUGCUGCACCGCCUGCCGCUGGCCGAGGCUGCGCAGGCGUUUGAGGCGCAGGCGUGGCGCCUUCCAGCGACCGGUCUCGUGGCCGUGCCCGACGUGGUGGCCGUGCUGGUGGCGCUGUACGGGGGUAUGGACCCUCCGGUGACGACGGACCUGGCGCUGAGGAUGGACCUCUGUCUCAACUGGCUGCUCAGCGUUUACGACAACCGUCGGACUGGUCGCAUUCCUGUCAGCUCCUUUAAACUGGCCAUCAUCACUCUCUGCAAGGCACAUCUGGAGGAGAAAUACCGCUACAUGUUCCAGUUGGGCGCCGACAACCGACAGCGGCUGAACGAGAAGCAGCUGGGUCGGCUACUGAGCCAACUGCUACAGCUACCUGGUCAGAUGGGCGAGGAGGUCGCCUUCGGCCCCGCGGCCGUGCAACCGUCUGUCACCAGCUGCUUCCGCGCCGCCGCCGCAGCCGCCGCGGCCGACGGUGACGAAGAGGACGAAAAGGAGGGGGAGCAGGAGACGACCUUGUGCGAAGCUGAGGUCCUGGACUGGCUGCGCGCCGAGCCGCAGAGCCUGGUGUGGCUGCCGGUGCUGCACCGGGUGGCGGGCGCCGAGAAGUCCCGACAUCAUGCCCGCUGCAAUGGCUGCAAGGAGUACCCCAUCGUCGGUUUCAGAUACCGGUGUCUGAAAUGUUUCAACUUCGAUAUGUGUCAGCAAUGCUUCUUCACCGGACGUGUCGCCAAAAGUCACAAACUCAGUCAUCCCAUGCACGAAUAUUGCACAGAGAGUUCGUCAAGCGAUGACAUCAAGGACUUCACCAGGUCGAUACGAAACCGGUUCAAGUCGAAGCACUACUUCCGCAAGCAUACCAAGCUGGGCUACCUCCCUGUCCAGCCCAUGGCUGAGGGCGUCACUUCGGCCGCCUCCGCCGAUCAUCUGCGCACCUGCUCACUGGACCAG